UGAUAUCCUUUUUUUUUUUAAAUCCAAAAAUGUUUAAAACUUGCUUUCUAUUGAAAUAUUCUAAAACAACAUUUUCACGUUAGCAAGAUAAUGGUGAAUGAAAUUUAUAAGAAAUCAAAAGCUGAAAAUUUUAUUGAACAAUUGAAUGCUAAAAAUGCUAAAAAAGUUGCGUUGCUUUUAGUGCUUGGAUUUGUUGCUUAUCAUGGCAUGCUUCAUUUACGAUUUGGGAUCGAUUCCUGUAAAUGGUUACUCUCAGAUGGCAGAUAUAAAGCUGAUCAAGAAUGGCAACCUUUUGGUUGUAUGUUACAUCGAUAUUCACAUAUCGAUACUCGACGAUGUUUACGAUACCUAGCAUUUUGGGAUAUUCACAAUCAUUUUGUAUUUAUCGGCGAUUCUCGUGUUUAUCAAUUGUAUGAAACGUUUAUCAAUCAUCUUCAAAUGCACGACGAUUCCACAAUAUUUACCACCGAAAAAUCUAAAAUGAAUUUGCUUAGCGAUCAUAAUUUUAUGGAUGCAAAAUUACGUGUUAAAGUUGAAUAUAUUUAUCGUACUACAAUUUCUACACAAUUUGUGGAAGAUUUUCAUCGUUGGCAAAGGGAGAAAAUUCCACCAUCUGUAAUUAUAGCUGGAUGCGCAACAACAAUUAUAAAAGAAUCGAAUGCAUCGAUGAUUGCGCUAAAAGAUUACAGCGUGAAUUUAACUCGACUUGUUCAACCCAUCGAUGAAUUAAAAUCGAAAAAUACACGAGUAUUGUGGGCAUUACAGGAACCUGUUAACAAGGAUAAAAUGUUGGAAACAUUUGGUCCGGAUGCUGUGACCAAUGAACAAAUUGAUUUAUUUAAUAAGGCUGCUAUAGAAGUUUUAACAUAUUCUUCGGCUGAACUAUGGUGGAGUAUACGUCUUGUUGCACAAGGUUUAUUAGCGGAAAGUGUCGAUGGUCUACAUUUAGGCGCGAGAGCUCGCCAACAUGCCAUUCAAAUUUUAUUAAAUAUGUAUUGUAACGAUCAUAUGAAUUUUAAAGAUGGCAGUUGUUGUAGUUCUCGAGAACGAAGCACAACUUUACAGUAUGUGACCUUCGGUGUAAUGGGUGUGUGCGUAUUGGUUGCGUGUAUCUUGAUAAUACGGCGCUGGAUACUUAAUUUACGUGGAAUUGUAAUUGUUUCAUACACACCACUGAACGAGGCUACACAAGCACUAGGACCUGGACCCCCGUCAAAGGACUGCUACACAUUAUUUACAUCAUUAGCCACCGUUUCGCUAAUAAUGUUUUACUUUUUCCUGUGCGAUCGUACAAAUUUCUUUAUGAAAGAGAAUAAAUAUUAUUCGGAGUUUAGUUUUUGGAUACCCGUCGGGUACAUGUGUGUAUUAGGAUUAUUUUUUACCGAAGAUUCACGUUAUACAAAAAUUUUACAUCACGAUCAAACAGACGAAUCGAAAGGUUGGAUGCAACUAGUCAUUUUAAUUUAUUACAUGACGGGAGCGAGUCGGGUUUUACCGAUUUACAUGGUUGUCCAUUUAUUAAUCUCUGGAUAUUUAUUUUUAGCUGGUUUUGGACACUUUUCAUACGCUUGGAAGAGUGGUGAUUUUUCCCUAGUUCGAUUAUGUCAAGUUUUAUUUCGAUUUAACUUCAUAACCUUCAUUUUAUGUCUCUGUAUGAAUCGACCGUAUCAAUUUUACGAUUUUGUCCCAACUUUAUCGUUCUGGUACGUCAUGCUAUAUUUACUCCUACUCAUGCCUCCACAAAUCUCUGCUCAGUCAAGUGAAAGUAAUCCUUUGAGUUAUUUGUACUUAGUUCUAAAAUUUGUUGGAUUUUUCACUUUUGUAACAAUCCUAUACAUGUCGGAAGUAUUUUUCGAGAAAGUUUUCGUAACACGACCAUGGAAAGCUUUGUUUGUGACCAUCGACGAUGAUAUACGACAAUGGUGGUCUCGCUGGAAAAUCGAUCGAUAUUCUAUAAGUUAUGGUGCUGUGUUUGCGAUAAUUUAUUUUAUAGCGCAACGAUAUAAUCUAGUUGAGGAUUCCAAUCAUAGUAAUUUAUUUCCGAAGCGUAUCGCUUUAACUGUGGCCCUGUUUGCGUUAAUCGGUAUCGGAAGCUACACAAUUUUUAUAUUUUUAUGUCACAAUCAGCUCGAAUGUGACGAGAUCCAUAGUUAUAUUAAUUUUGUACCGAUUAUCAGUUAUCUAGCGUUACGGAAUAUUUCGGGUGUGAUUCGAGCACGCUAUUCUAGUUUAUUCGCAUGGUUUGGACGAAUUUAUUUAGAAUUGUUUAUUAGCCAAUCACAUAUUUGGCUCGCAGCUGACACACAUGGAGUUUUAGUUUUAAUACCAAGUUAUCCGGUUCUUAAUGUCAUUGUGACGUCAUUUAUUUAUGUUUGCGCAUCGCAUGAAUUGAAUCGUUUAACAAAUGUGUUGUUGCCGUAUGCGGUACCAUCUGAUUGGAAAUUGGUCUUGCGAAAUGUUGUUUUAUUUGUUGCUGUUUUAAUACCAAUUGGAUGUCAAGCUGGAAUGUUUUAAUCUUGAAAAUUAUUCUAGUAAUCUAUUAUCUUGGUCUCAGGAUUUUUAACCCCCUGGCGCAAAAAGAGGGAUGUUAUAAGUUUGACCCCUACGUGCGUGUGUAUCUGUCUGUGGCAUCGCAGCUUGUAUCUGUCUGUGGCAUCGCAGCUCCUUAACGGAUGAACUGAUUUUGAUUUUCCUUUUUUUGAAAGAUAAUCUAAUUGCGAGUGUUCGUAGUUAUGUUUCAAGAAAAUCGGUUCAGUUUGGAGAGAGCUAUAAGAAAAAAGAGUGCGGUCGUGGGACCUCGUUAGGGACGAAAUUCCUUACGAAACCCUUUAAGACAGCUAACUUUAUUAAAUAUCCUGCGUAUCAAAAUCAUAGAAAAGAAUUUUUUUCAAAAUUUAGAUUUAAUUGCUAUGAAUUAUUGGACCAUCAUUUUAAAACAAUGCUCAGUUGUGCCCUUUUUUAAUAAAACAAUCAAGGCUUAAAAUAAUCCUUCUUAAUACUAGCUAUUAUUCAUGUUCCUAAUAAACGUAGUAUUUAACAGUGUCGAAAAUUUGUAUAAAAAUAAUCUUCUUUCUCUUUCCGGGAGCCUAGAAAAUUUUUAAUUACGUGCCUAGCUUAAUUUUACCCAAAAUUCAACUGUGUCCGUCGUCCUCCGAUACUUAAGUUCUAAGUUGUUAUUUUAAUUUUAAAUUGAUCGUUUAAUUAAAACUUUUCCAAACUUCUGAAAGUUUUCCAUCUGAAAUGACUGUCAAAUACUACACCUGACCCUAGACCUAUAAUAAAAACCAGUCUUUUUGAGUCAAUACUUUAUUACAUUCCAAUUAACUGAAAACUUCAACUUUCUUUUGGACUUCGAUUUUCGCUAUAAAUUUAGUCAAUAAGUCAAAAUUUGUACAGAGCUCUGGUGCUAUUUUAAAAAAAGUAUUUUUUUAAAAAGACAUAUCCUUUAAAUCAAAUUUAAAAAAGAGGGGGAAUCUUUUUUCUAUUUGAAAAUAAACCAAAGAAUUUGUUUUAGGUUGUUUGCGUA